AUGAAUAUUACAUAUCCCCCCCUCUUCGGGAACUAUAUCAGGAUCUUGGAUAUCAAUGUUAAAGAAGGAAAUUCUGAGCCUAUCGGCAACUUCAGGGUUGUGCCUCUUGACGACCCUCCAGAAUACACCGCUAUUUCCUACUGCUGGGACAAUUCAGCAGAUAUAGCGAGAAUUGAGUUUCACAAUGGCGACUCCCUCCCUCUUAGCCAGACGCUACUAGAUCUUUUUAUCUCUUUAAUGAAGAAAUCCUCAAAGUUCACUGUCUGGAUCGACGCCAUUUGCAUCAACCAGCAAGACACAGUGGAGAAGGAAUUCCAAGUCCCCCUCAUGGGAAAGAUCUAUUCUCGCUCUGCGGAAGUCUUGGUUUGGCUAGGCAAAAGUGAUGAUGUUACCAAAAAUGCAUUCCGUUUCAUGAAACGAGACGAGAAUGAAAUCGAGACAAGACCAGAACCUUUGGUCAAAUCAACCUCUUUUUACGAUAAAUUUCGGAGUUUAUACCGCAAGGCCCCACGACCCAAUCGGCACGAGGCUGAUGAGUCUGGACUAGAGAGCAUGCUACUUCUCCUUCAACGCCCAUGGUUUCAAAGAGUGUGGGUUAUUCAAGAGGUUGCUGCCGGGAAGAACAUCCAGGUGGUUUGUGGUGAGGACUGUGUAGAUCUGAGCCACUUUUCAGAUGGCGUUUCUGCUAUUUGGAACUCAUUUGUUGGCUUCGGUCGCUAUCAAGACGAUCAUCCAGCCAUUCUUGGGUUUUGGUGUGUUACCAGGAUGCUUGAUAUACGAGAAGAAUACCAGAAGAAGGCGUAUGAGGGAGAAAGUGGGGUAUGCUAUGAGACUCUCCUUCAGGCUGCAUAUCAUUGCCAAGCGACAAGGACCUGCGACAAAGUCUUUGCUUUUCACGGUAUUGCGGAUAAACGACCAGUACCAAAAGCGAAUUACAGAAUCACUGAAGAGCAAGUUUUCAUUGCUACAGCCGAAGCACUCCUUUGCAAUGGGGACUCCCUUGAUCUUUUAGCCCUUUCUUGGAUGGGCUAUAUGCGGCAGCAUUCCAACAUACCGACUUGGGCCCCUGAUCUUCGAUGUCAUGCCUACGAUGAGCCACUUGUUCUUUGCGAUAGCGCAGGCUGGGAUGCAGGCGGAUGCUUGAAAACAUCACCAAAAAUCGAUACUGAGUCAUCGCGUCGGCUUCGACUUCAUGUCAAGCCAAUCGAUACAAUACACGUUAUCUGCCCUCCGUUCGCUUCUUGGGUUGUAAAGCAGCAGCGAGAAGCAGUCAAAUCUGUCCUGGCACUCAGAACACGACUAGCAGGCAACCUUUCCAUGGAGGCCUGGAUGGAUAGAUUAGCUGAGUCUCUCAUAAUGGGUCUCGAUAUCGACGACAACCGGCUGAGAGUCGGUAUGCCUGGAUGGGAUGAGCUCCGCCGGCAUUUCGAUGAGUGGCUACGGUGGGUACAGUCGAGCUCGCGACAAAAGGAUCUUCACAAAAUUGAGUCUAAUAAGUACCACCGCAUAAUAAGGCCCCGUAUAGACACAAUGAAGGCAUUCGCAACCAGCCAAGGCAUCUUCGGCAUUGGGCCAGAACCUAUCAUGAAAGGGGAUGUUGUGUGUACCGUUCCGGGCUGCCGAGUACCGCUUGUACUGCGGCUUGACCCAUUGUCUGCUGAUGAAGAGAUGAUAUCGCCUUCAGUGCAGACAUGGGCUCUUGUCAGCUGGUGCUAUGUCGAUGGAUUAAUGUUUGGCGAGGCUAAAGACCUAGAUAAUCCGGUUGUAGAUAUGCUGUUGAGGUGA